AGGCCAGCACAAAAUCAAGUUUAUCCCAGAAAUGGUUGGCCCGAUCUUGGAGAUGACUCUUAUUCCAGAAACUGAACUGCGAAAAGCUACAAUUGCAAUAUUCUUUGAUAUGAUGCAAUGUGAAUUUCAUUCAACAAGAAGUUUCCAGAGGUUUGAAAAUGAAAUCAUAACCAAGCUUGAUCAUGAAGUGGAAGGAGGCAGAGGGGAUGAGCAGUACAAAGUGCUAUUCGAAAAGAUUCUUCUGGAACACUGUAGAAAACACAAGUAUCUUGCUAAGACCGGUGAAAAUUUUGUCAUGCUGGUUGUCAGGCUUAUGGAGAGGCUUUUGGAUUACAGAACAAUUAUGCAUGAUGAAAAUAAAGAAAACCGUAUGAGUUGUACAGUUAAUGUACUGAACUUCUACAAAGAAAUUGAGAGAGAAGAAAUGUACAUCCGGUAUUUAUAUAAGCUGUGUGACCUGCACAAAGAAUGUGAUAACUACACUGAAGCUGCUUACACAUUGCUGCUUAAUGCAAAGCUUCUUAAGUGGUCUGACCAGCCAUGUGCAGCUCACCUAAAUCAGAGAGAUGGAUACCAAGCGCAGACCCAAGGCCAACUGAAAGAACAGCUUUACCAGGAAAUUAUCCACUACUUUGACAAGGGAAAGAUGUGGGAGGAGGCCAUUUCUAUAGGCAAAGAACUUGCAGAACAGUAUGAAAAUGAACUAUUUGAUUAUGAACAACUGAGUGAAUUGCUGCAAAAACAAGCUCAAUUCUAUGAGAACAUUGUUAAAGUGAUACGAGCAAAACCAGAUUAUUUUGCUGUUGGAUACUAUGGUCAAGGCUUUCCUUCAUUUAUCCGGAACAAAAUGUUCAUUUACAGAGGAAAGGAAUAUGAGCGACGGGAAGACUUUGAAGCAAGGCUGUUCACUAUAUUUCCCAAUGCAGAAAAAAUGAAGACAACAUCUCCUCCAAGUGAUGACAUUAAAAACUCUUCUGGACAGUAUAUUCAGUGUUUCACAGUGCAAACCAUACGUGAACUGCCACCAAAAUUCAAGAACAAGACGGUGUCUGAACAAAUAUUGAGGUAA